UCAAAAACUAUGUUUUAUGUAUUAAAUUAUUAGAUAUGAUUUACUAAAUCCUAUUAUUAUUAUUAUUAUGAAUGUUUAACGAUUAUAAUAUUUAGUAAAUUAAAAUUGUGAUUUAUUAAUUUAGCAAGAUAAUAAUGAUCCCGGUGCUCCUAUUUGUGUUUGGUCUGGUUAUCCCUAUAUUUAGUAGAAAUAACAUUGAUGUAAACACAAYAAUAGGAACARUAAGAGGUCAUAAAGUUCAGGUGCUAAACAAAACYAUAAAUGAAUUUUUGGGUAUACCCUAUGCAAAACCACCCGUCGGGGAACUCCGAUUUCGUAAACCUGUGCCCAUUGAAAAACCAUUUAAAGAUAUUAUAGAUGCAACUAAUCCUAAAUAUUCAUGCUAUCAAAAUUGGGAUUUUGUAAUGCCCCUGGAACAAAAUGAGGAUUGUUUAACMCUYAACAUAUGGGCGCCUCCUUUUAGUCAAAAUAAUAGCACAGCUCUCAAACCUGUAAUGUUUUGGAUAUAYGGAGGUUCUCUGAGAGUGGGCUCAAUAUUCUGGUUCUUCAAUAACGGCACAGCACUGGCCACUCAUGAUGUGGUGGUUGUGUACGUCAACUAUAGAUUAGGACCGUUUGGAUGGCUAUAUGGUAAUAGUGAAUCGGCACCUGGAAAUAUGGGACUGUAUGACCAGCUAUUAGGAUUAAAAUGGAUUCGACAAAACAUACAUAAAUUUGGUGGCGAUUCCAAUCAAAUAACUAUUUUCGGUGAAAGUGCCGGCAGUUGGUCCGUAUCUGCACAUGUAUUGUCUCCGUUAUCGCGCGGUUUGUUCAGACGAGCUAUACUACAAAGUGGAGCCGUGUUUGGCAAUCGCGAUGAACGACAACUGACCAAAGAGACUGCACUCAGUGAGGCCAAGACAUUGGCCAACACAUUCAACUGUACCGAUGAUCAACAAUGGAUUCAAUGUCUUAGAGAUGUUGACGCCAAACAACUAACAAAAUAUUUAAACCUUCAGCCCUAUCCCAUUCACGACACAGAGUUUCUGCCUCUUUCGGCACAAAAUGCAUUCAAAACUGGUAAUUACAGCACAGAGAUCGAUAUAAUGUCUGGUGUUAUGCAAGACGAGGGGUCACUAUUGGCUCACAUGUAUUACCCUAAAAGUGAUUCUUUAGUAUCAAAACAAGAGUUUACUGAUUUGGUCAAAAAAGUAGCCAUUCCUCGAUUGGACGCACAGAGGAUAACUGAUUUUUACUUAAUUGGUGUCAAUACAACCAACACUACUGCUCUCAAACACGCGUUUUGGCGUUUCUAUGGUGACUUGCGUAUCGCGUGUCCGACCUUUUUAUUUGCACGUGAAUUUGCUCGACACUCAUCGCCAACACAGAGAUCUAUCUAUUUCUAUGAAUGGACAUAUCCGUCCCAUAUGUUGGCMCCUGUGCUUAGCUGUACGCCUGAAAUGGGUGUYUGUCACGCGUCGGAACUCGAGUACGUAUUCGGYGAUGUAGUCCUACAUAAUACCAGUGACAGUAUGUUUAGUGAGGAUGUCAUGAAAAUGUGGACUAAUUUUGCAAAAUAUGGUAAUCCAGUCUACGGAUCAUCUAUGGAUAAGUGGCCACAACUAUUAGGGAAUGGCAUAAAAAGAUUGAAUACUAURUCUAAGAUAAGGGAAAUUAAUCCCAAAAUACACGAUCAUAUCAUUUAUAAUUUAUUUGCCAAAUCUUGYGACAGCUUUUGGAGCGACUAUUUUGGUACAAAACCUAUACUCAGAGGGAAAGGCAUAAAAAUACAACAYAAACUAAAUCUACCGAUAGAUCGUAUUAUGGGUUAAUAAAACAAAAUAAUAAAAUUAAUAAAAUAUUAUUAUUG